AUGGUGAAAAUUCUGAAUUCGCUCUUCGACGACACUGACAUGUUGGAUAUGAAUUGUAAUUUCCGCGACCCAUAUGGCCGGAUAAACUACGUCAAUGGCAAGGGCAAGCAGUGCCAAUGGUCAAACAGGAGUUGGAAGGCACUCAGCAGAUCAUCGGUCUAUUUAGCUAGUGUUAUUAUUGCAGUACUAGCCGAAGUCGAGACGAAGGCUGCUAGCGAGCAUGCGCAUCAUGCAUCCCCUAAAUUCUUCGCGAUAAGUGAAUGCAAAUGGCAUCGCGGGAUGCAGAUGUCAAUUGACGAAAUCUGA